UCCCUCAGAAUUCUGGUUUCUCCUGGCCUGUUCGGAAGUCGUGGUCUAUAUAGUUUUGUCGGAAAUUAAAAAAAACAAAAAGAAAAAUAUCAGAUAUAUUUAGAAGUUGAAAAUUUAUAUUAUAUCCAUCAAUUUAUAGAAAAGAAAAAAUUACAAGAAAUGUUUUCGAACAUUUAAACACCACUUUAGAUAAUUAUUACGGAAAUCGAUGUGUUCUUUUAGCGAAAUAUUGUUUGUCUUCGAUUUUGUGUCUACAUAGAGAAUUUUUUUUAGCAUUAAUCGAAUUAUUUAGUUUUGAUAAGUGUUAACUAUUGAGUAAUAAAAUAAAAAAUAUUGUUCCAUGUUUGUUCUUGUGGAUCUAAUUAACCAAACCAAAGUGGAAAAGUGUUGUCUUUUAAUUAAGUUAUCUCUUUAAAAAAAUAUCAGUGAUUUUCCAAUUGAAAGCAAAUUGAAAGGUCUCAGGCUAAGUUCAAAGAAAAGCCCAUAGAAGUGAGCAAAAUUAUGUAAAGGAAUGUUUUUAGCAUUGUAAUCGAUAUUUAGUUAUUAAAAAUGCAUAAAUGCCAUUAUUUGUUAUUAUAGUGUGCAAAAUAAAAUCAAUAUAACAUAACUACAAAAAUCAAAAAAUUAUUAUCAGAGUGAAAUUAUUCUAAUUUUUCUAUAACAAAAUAUCAAAUGUACGGAGAUUUUUCCGCGCAUCCAAGAAAAAGUAUCUACAUAUGCAUGACAGCAGCUGUAUCUAUAAUACCUUUUGAGAUUCAGAGGAUUUGUCUCUUGUUUUCACUGCCAGCAACAAAAACAACAACAACAAAAACCAACCAAAAACAUUGGAAUACCUCGCCUUUUCAGAAAGACCGUUGGUCGUCGCCGUCACCGUCGAAUCAAGAAAAAUAUAAUCAAAAUCUUAACUUAAUCUAUAAAUUUGCAUUCAAUUAGCAAUUUGCAUUUCUGAAAACGACCGUGGACCAUGCAAGCAACAACAACAGACGAUGAAGCCCCUAAAGACCCGCGAAUAUGCCAGCCAGAUUUUCAACUGGAGUUCUCAGAAAAAGACUUCCAAGGACAUAGAGCACAUUCUGUGUUCGUUGGUGUACAUGUGCCAGGAGGAGGACGAAGGCACUCACAUCGCAGACAAAAGAGACAUCACAAAGAAAAUGGCGAAAAACUUCCAGACACCGAUCCAGACAGGCCAAUAACACCACCAGCACAACGUGUCCAAUUUAUACUCGGAGAAGAUGUCGAUGAUGGAACACACGAAUCACACCCUCUAUUUUCUGAAAUGGAGGAACUCGUCAAAGAGGGUGACGAAAUUGAGUGGAAAGAAACAGCACGUUGGAUAAAAUUCGAAGAAGACGUCGAGGAGGGUGGCAAUAGAUGGUCAAAGCCUCAUGUAGCCACUCUAUCAUUACACUCGUUAUUCGAGUUACGUAGUCUCAUUAUGAACGGAACUAUUAUUCUAGAUAUGGAAGCUAACAAUUUAGAAACUAUAGCUGAAUUAGUGUGUGAGAAUAUGGUUAAUGCUGGUACUUUGCCACCCCAGUCAAGGGAGAAAGUCAAAGAUGCCCUAUUGCGACGUCAUCGGCAUCAGCAUGAAACUAAAAAUAAAACAAAAAUGCCUAUAAUUCGUUCGCUGGCUGAAAUUGGAAAAAAUCAUUCAUCAUCAAAAAACCUCCAACAAGCCAAACCUGCAUCCCAACAUACAUUGCAUGCAACAGCCUCAUCUUCGGGACUAACUGCAGGACGACUUUCGCCAAGUCCACAAACUUAUGGCCCCCAUAGAGAUCAACGUGGUUGCUAUUUAGCAGUUCCAACAGAUGACAUGAUUAAAAGUCCAAGCAGUCAAUCAAUGACCAGAAAUAUGAGCUCUAAUGAACUCAGUGACCAUCGGGGUAAUACACAUUUUAUGAGGAAAAUACCACCAGGAGCCGAGGCUAGUAAUAUUUUAGUGGGGGAGGUGGAUUUUCUUGAAAAAAUCUUAUCGGGUUUCAUAAGAUUACAUUCAGCAGCUGUAAUGGGUGAUUUGACAGAAGUUCCAGUCCCAACAAGAUUUCUCUUUAUAUUACUCGGUCCACCGGGAAGCAAUAGUAAUUUCCAUGAAAUUGGUCGUGCAAUGGCAACACUUAUGUCCGAUGAAAUAUUUCACGAGGUCGCUUACAGAGCUCGCAAACGUGACCAUCUCUUAGCUGGUAUUGAUGAAUUUCUCGAUGCUGUUACAGUAUUACCACCUGGUGAAUGGGAUCCAACAAUUCGUAUCGAACCACCUGCUGCCAUACCAUCACAAGAAGUUCGAAAACGUCCUCCUGAAGCUCAUAAAGAAGAAGUCGACGAAGAGGAAGAAGAACAACGUUUACGUGAAGAAUCGGGCCUAUCACGUACGGGUCGUCUAUUUGGUGGUCUUAUAAAUGAUUUCAAAAGGAAGGCUCCGUGGUAUUGGUCAGAUUUUACGGAUGCAUUAUCACUGCAGUGUGUUGCAUCAUGGAUAUUCUUAUAUUUUGCGUGUCUUUCACCAAUUAUUACAUUCGGUGGAUUGUUGGGUGAGGCAACUGGCAAGAAUAUGGCUGCAAUGGAAUCUUUGGUAUCGGGUUUUGUCUGUGGUAUGGGAUAUGGAUUUUUCUCGGGUCAACCGUUGACGAUAUUGGGAUCGACUGGGCCGGUUUUGGUAUUCGAAACGAUAGUCUAUGAUUUUUGUCAGAAUCAAGGAUGGGAUUAUAUGACUUUCCGGUUUUGGAUUGGGACUUGGAUAACGGUGAUCUUGUUGAUAUUAGUUGCGAUUGAUGCAAGUGCGCUGGUUUGUUACAUCACAAGGUUCACAGAGGAGAAUUUUGCAACCCUGAUUGCAUUUAUUUUUAUCUAUAAGGCUGUUGAGAAUGUCCUGGCGAUUGGGAAAAAGUUCCCAAUUCAUCCUACUGUGCCGAUUGACUGUGUUUGCACACCACCCUUGGGUAGUAAUUCCACCAUUUUGGAAUGGGCUAAAUACGACAGAGAGCAAUGUGUGGUUCGUAGUGGAACACUUCUCGGAAUGGAUUGUGAUCAACCCGAAAAUGCCAACGUAUUCCUGAUGUCAGUUAUUCUGUUUAUGGGAACUUUCGUAGUCUCGGUGAUUUUAAAGGACUUCAAAAAUGCCCUGUUCUUCCCAUCAGCUGUGCGUCAAUUUAUCAGUGACUUUUCCGUCAUAAUUGCCAUUUUCUCAAUGUCUUUCCUUGAUGGUAUUAUGAAUGUAGCAACACCCAAACUAGAAGUACCACAUGAAUUUAAACCAACUCUUCACGAAAGAGGGUGGGUUAUUCCAUUGUUCACUGCAAAGAAUCCAUUUUGGACACCAAUUAUUGCUGUAUUUCCGGCAAUGUUGGGUACCAUUUUGAUAUUUAUGGAUCAACAAAUAACAGCUGUUAUUAUAAAUCGAAAAGAGAAUAAACUUAAAAAAGGCUGUGGCUAUCAUUUGGAUCUGUUUGUUUUGGCCAUAUUGAUAGAAAUUUGCAGUCUUAUGGGUCUUCCAUGGUUUGUUGCUGCAACUGUUUUAAGUAUAAAUCAUGUCAAUUCACUGAAAAAGGAAUCAGAAUGUGCUGCUCCAGGAGAGAAACCGCAGUUUUUGGGUGUUCGAGAACAACGUGUUACUCAUAUUUUAAUAUUUUUAAUGAUUGGUGGAUCGGUUCUUUUGACACCAUUAUUAUCUCACAUUCCAAUGCCUGUGUUGUUUGGAGUUUUCUUGUAUAUGGGCGUGGCUUCUUUGAAGGGACUUCAAUUUUUCGACAGGAUAUUAAUUAUGCUUAUGCCAGUGAAAUACCAACCAGAUUAUAUGUUUUUGCGUCAGGUUCCAAUCAAAAGAGUUCACAUAUUCACACUGAUUCAAUUGGCAUGCCUUAUUGUAUUGUGGCUUAUAAAAUCAUUCCCACAAACAUCAAUAUUAUUCCCAUUGAUGUUAGUUGUUAUGAUUGGAAUACGAAAAUCAUUGGAUUUAUUAUUUACACGACGUGAACUGAAAAUACUUGAUGAUAUAAUGCCAGAAAUGACAAAACGUGCUGCUAUUGAUGAUGAUUUACAUCAAUUGGAGGAUGGAACAGCCGAGGAUAUUGGCCACCAUCAUAUAAAUGAUGGCUACUCCUCACGAACAAGUAACGUCCACAUACCUCUAGCAAAUGGAUGUUUAAUGCAGGUUCCAAUAAAUAUUACGGAUGAUGUCAAUCGAACAACAAUUUGGAAUCAAGAUCCAAAUAAAUGUAAUUAUGGUGAAAAUGGCGCCGAUAAUCAAUUAAUAAUUCCAGUGACAUUAAAAGUUCGCAAAAUAAAUGGAAAUAAUUAUCACUCCAAUGAUAACAAAUUGAAAGGUAGAAAUAGCUCGAGUCCACCCAAUUCCCAUCAUCAGCGUCUUUCAACCAUGAAUGAAGAAGAUGAAAAUACAACAAAAUCAAGUAGUGUCAAUGAUCUGAAUAACGUUAAAAGUAUUAAAGUUCAAGCUACAGAUGCUGUAGUUUCGGUUCAAGAAAAUAAGGAUUUAACAAAAAAUAAAGAAAAUAAGGAUUUAACAAAAAAUGAUAAAAAACCCAAUUCAAGUCAAAAUACUGAAUUGUAAUUUUGAAAAAAAAGGAAAAUUUGUUGCAAAAUUUACUUUGCAAAAGAAAAGACAAAUUUAUAGAAAAUACAUAAGUAUUUGUGACAUGAUAAAAAAAAAACUACACAAUUUUAUAUAUGAACGAAAUUCGUAAUGUCCAACUUUUUACAUCUUUGCCUCUUAAAAAGAUUCCAUACUGUAAGCCAGAUGUCAAUUCUACUUGAUUUAAUUUUUUAAAAGUCUGUAGUGGUUGAUUUUUUAACGAUACUUUUUGUCGUUUUGCUUUUUUUAAAUCAAACUAAAUCAUCAAAGAAUCAUAAUUAUAAUUUGCACGGAGGAUAUGAACAUUUUUAAAACAAAAUCUUACUUUUAGUUGUCACUCAAUUUCAAUUGAUCUGAUCCUGUCAGAAAAUAUGUCAGAUUUUUUUUAUGAAAUUGACAGAACUUCAGCUAAAAUUCAAACAGGCACCACUCUUCCAUUGGUGAAUGAAAUAUCAUAUGUAUGUAUGAAAUGCAUUUUCAUCUGUCAAAUCAGUGAUUUUUAAAUGAUAAAUUAAAUUUGUUGACAUUUGAUAAAAAUAUAAUUUCCUAGAGGUUUAUCUGUCACCUGUCAGUUUUAUAAAGAUGGUUAAUGAUAAAAACAAUUGUACAAAUUAUUUCACAAAAAAAUAUAUUUUAAAGGUAAAGUUUUUCAUUUAAGUAGUGAAGCAAUUUCAAGGUUCAUAUUUUACUUAUAAAUUGAUGCAAUAGGAACGAAAUUCAAAUAAAACUUGACAGGUACGUCAAACCAUACUCCAUUAGACUGCAAACAAUGUAUGCCUCUAUGUUCCUUCAAAUUCGACCAAAAUUUGAUAUUCUGUCAGAUAGCCACAUAUACUUACUUACUUACUUAAGUGGCGCUACAGUCCGGGGCGGACCUGAGCCUCAACCAAAAUACAUCUCCAGCCAGCUCGGUCCCUAGCUAGCUGUCUCCAGUUUCGUACACCAAGUUGGUUGAGGGCUUCACGCUGCGUGCGCCACCUGAGUCGCUGUUUUCCUCUACUGCGUCGCGCCGUUCCUCGGGAUCGGAUUCGAUGACCUUCCGGGAUGGAGCGUUGAUGUCCAUUAGUUCUACCUGACCUAGGCAUCUAAGCUGUUGGACUUUAACUCUGUUAAGUGUGUCGCUGUACAGCCCGUACAGUUCCUGUCCUCCAUUCUCCAUCUAUGCAUACGGGACCGAAAAUUACCCGAAGAAUUUUUCUCUCGAAGCAUCCUAAGAUGCUCUCAUCUUUCUUUGACAUGGUCCAGGCCUCGGCGCCAUAAAUGAGAACCGGGAUGAUGAGUGUCUUAUAGAUGGUGAUUUUAGAUGCUCAAGAGAGGACUUCAAUUCUCAAUUGCCUUCUAAGGCCAACGAAGCAUUUUUCGUUUGAUUCAGCACUGGUGUCGUUGUCUGCUUUAAUAGCGGUGCCUAGGUAGACAAAGUCCUUAACUACCUAAAAGUUAUAGCAUGGUGACCUUUUAGUCCAGGACGUCGUUGUUCAGCAUGUACUUGGUCUUGCCCUCAUUGACCACUAAACCCAUCUUCUUCGCUUCCGUUGCAAUGCUCAAAAACGCUCCGCUGACAUCACGCUUUGAUCUUCCAAUGAUGUCAAUAUCAUCUGCGUAUCCGAGUAAUUGGAUGGACUUUUGGAAGAUUGUGCCUCUGGUUUUGACGGUUGAGUUUUGCACAAUUAUUUCCAGAACGAUGUUAAAGAAGUCGCAUGACAGUGCAUCGCCUUGUCUAAAACCAAUUUUGACAUAAAAUACAUCGGUGAGAUCUUUUCCGACCUUGAUAGAGCAGCGUACAUUCUCCAUCGUCAUUCUGCGCAAACGGAUAAGUUUAACAGGGAUGCCAAAACUAGACAAUGCUCUGUAGAACACUUCCCUAUGGAUGCUUUAAAACCGAUAAAGAGAUGGUGGGUAUCGAUUUGAAGCUCAUUGGUUUUUUCCAACAUCUGCCGUAGUGUGAAUAUUUGGUCGAUGGUGGACUUUCCUGGUCUGGAACACACUGAUAAGGAUUAUGCUUCUAGUGUUGACGGUUGAGUUUUGCACAAUUCUUUCCAGAACUAUGUUGAAGAAAUCGCAUGACAGUGCAGUUUAACAGGGAUGCCAAGACUAGAUAUUGCUCUGUAGAGCUCUUCCCUAUGGAUGCUGUCAUACGCGGCUUUAAAAUCGAUAAAGAGAUGGUGGGUAUCGAUUUAAAGCUCCUGGGUUUUUUCCAACAUCUGCCGUAGUGUGAAUAUUUGGUCGAUAGUGGACUUUCCUGGUCUGAAGUCACACUGAUAAGGAUUGUGCCUCUAGUGUUGACGGUUGAGUUUAGCACAAUUCAUUCCAGAACGAUAUUGAAGAAGUCGCAUGACACUGCAUCGCCUUGUCUAAAAUCUUUUUUGACAUCAAAUGCAUCGGUAAGAUCUUUUCCGACCUUGUAGAGCAGAGUGUAUUCUCCAUCGUCAUUCUGCACAAACGGAUAAGUUUGACAGGGAUGCCAAAACUAGACAAUGCUCUGUAGAACACUUCCCUAUGGAUGCUUUAAAACCGAUAAAGAGAUGGUGGGUAUCGAUUUGAAGCUCAUGGGUUUUUUCCAAUAUCUGCCGUAGUGUGAAUAUUUGGUCGAUAGUGGACUUUCCUGGUCUGAAGCCACACUGAUAAGGAACAAUGAGGUUGUUGACGAAUGGCUUCAGACGUUCACAUAAUACGGCAGAGAGGAUCUUUUACGCAAUGUUAAGGAGACUGAUGCCUCUGUAGUUGGCGCAGUUUAGAGAGUCUCCUUUCUCAUGUAUCGGGCACACUAUGCUGAGAUUCCACUCAUCGGGCAUGCUUUCUUCCGACCAUAUUUUGCAGAUGAGUUGGUGCAUGCUCCCUACCAAGUCGUCGCAUGCUGCAUUAAAUAGUUCGGCAGCGAUGCCGUCAGCUCCAGAAGCUUUGUUUGACUUCAGUUUAGAUAUAGCUAUCUCCACUUCUUCGAGGUCGAGUAGGCGGAAUUGUUGAUCUGCAUCGCCUAGGUUGGGUGGUUCUAUCUCCCUUACAGCGAAAUUCGGUUCGUCAUCGCCGUUAUAUAAUUUAGAGAAGUGGUCUUUCCAUAUUUUCAACAUAGACUAUGGUUCUACUACGAUGUUCCCCUGAUCGUCCUUACAGGCUUCGGUUCGUUUCUGGUACUCCUGGAAGGUUUUUUUUUUACCUUUUGGUAAAAUUUACGUACCUCAUUCCUGUUGUGACAUCUCUCUAUCUCCUCUCUCCUCUUCUGCUCGUAGAGCUCACAAGCAGCUUUGUUCCUUCUGUUCCACGUAUAACAGACAUUUUUGAAUAGCUUUGGAUUUUUGAUUGUUGACAGAUCAGGUGGUUUGCAUCAACUGUUUUCCUAUUCGUAAAAACGCAGCUUAAGUAUGACAGUUCACCUCUAAAAUUUGUUCAGUUUUUUUUUAACUUUUAUCCAUAAAUACAAUGCAUUUUUUAACUCAAACUAGUUGUUUUUUUGUUUAAUAAAAGUUUACGACUUUUUAAGUCUUCAAAGCUGGAAUAAAACUUCUUUCAAAUUCUGCAAGGGAGAAGUAUCCUUUGUUUCAAAUCCUUUCAUAAUUUUUUGAUUGUGUAAUUUUACAAAGCAAAAUCAUUUCCUCAGUGCAAUUUUUCAUUUUUACAUUUUUUACAAAAUAUUGAAAGUAAAUCAUUGAAUGUCAAUUAAUUGUGUCAAAAUUAAAAAAUCUACAUUGUAUGUAUUUAACAGUAAACAAUUCUGAGAUCAAACGCAUUUAAAUAACUUAUCAUUUUUUGGGUUUUAUAAAUCUAAUCUCGCAAAACAAACAAUCCUUUCUUUAUAUUUAAAAACAAAAUAUAAACUCUUUGUAAAUUACUAAUUUAUUAAUCUUAAAACUUUUGUUUUAUUAAUAUAAUUAAAGGCUCACUUAAUCUUAUUACAAUUCUUUACCAACAAAAAAAAUAAAAUUCUGAGUAGCCUUAAAAUGAAAAAAAUAAAAUUCCUAAGAUGCUUAAAACAAACAUUUAUGAAUUAAAACAUAAACAAAAUAGAUGCAUACUGAUAAGCAAUAACCAGCCCAACGUGAAUUAUUUUAUGUUGGAUAUGUUAAGAAUAUUAAAAACAUAAGUUUUGUAAAAAACAAAAAAUCAAUGACAAAAAAUAUAAAUAAUAGGCUGUGUUUUAUGUUUGCAAACAAAGUUAUUGGAUUGUGAAAAUUUUUCAUUACUUACAUUUUAGUAUCAUAUUUUAAUUAACUUUUCAUAUAAUAUAGAUUUUGUCACACCUCAUAGAAUUAAAUCAUAUUAAUAUAAAAUAUAAUCAUGAUAUGUAAAUGUAUAUCUGUGUAUUUAAUAUUAUUUAGUAAUAGUUUAUUGUGAUUAUAAUGUUUUUUAUCAGUAUUAAUAGUUUUAUUUUAGUUUUUAUGUGUUAACGAUAUUUUGUUGAAAAAAGUAAAUAAACAUAGCUACAAAAAAAAAUAAAUAGUCAAGAUAUUAAAAUA